GCGGCGGCACCUCCUCCUUCUGCUGUUGCGCCCCAUCCCCCCGCGGCCGGCCGGUUCCAGCCCGCACCCCGCGUCCCUGCCCGCGCCCCCGCCCCGGGCCCCACCAUGGGCCUCACGGUGUCCGCGUUGUUUUCGCGGAUCUUCGGGAAGAAGCAGAUGCGGAUCCUCAUGGUUGGCUUGGAUGCAGCCGGCAAGACAACCAUCCUGUACAAACUGAAGUUGGGGGAGAUUGUUACCACCAUCCCCACCAUAGGCUUCAAUGUGGAAACAGUAGAAUAUAAGAACAUCUGUUUCACAGUCUGGGAUGUGGGAGGCCAGGACAAGAUUCGGCCUCUGUGGCGGCACUACUUCCAGAACACUCAGGGUCUGAUCUUUGUGGUGGACAGUAAUGACCGAGAGCGGGUCCAGGAGUCUGCUGAUGAACUCCAGAAAAUGUUGCAGGAGGAUGAGCUGCGGGAUGCAGUGCUGCUGGUGUUUGCCAACAAGCAGGACAUGCCCAAUGCCAUGCCUGUGAGCGAGUUGACUGACAAGCUGGGGCUUCAGCACUUGCGCAGCCGCACGUGGUAUGUCCAGGCGACCUGUGCCACCCAAGGCACAGGCCUGUAUGAUGGGCUGGACUGGCUGUCCCAUGAGCUAUCAAAGCGCUAGCCAGCUAGGGGCAGGCCCCUGCUGCCCGGAAGCUCCCGCGUGCAUCCCGGGAUAACCAGACUCCCGGACUCCUCAGGCAGUGCCCUUCCCUCCCACUCUUCCUUCCUACAGACAGGCCUCUGCUCCUGCUCCUGCCUGCAUGUUCUCUCUUGUCGUUGGAGCCUGGAGCCUUGCUCUCUGGGCACAGAAGGGUCCACUCUCCUGCCUGCUGGGACCUGUGGAAGGGCUUCCUGGCCAAGGCCCCCUCUCCCAGAGGAGGAGCAAGGAUCUGGAUUUCAUUUUGUUUUGUUUUGUUUUCUGUUUUGGGUGUACCCUUGGGGCCAGGUUGGGAGGGAGAAAGUGAGGGCUCCGGGUGGUGCUAUGAUGUGGAACUGGAUAUUGAGUAAUAAAUUUGCUGUGGUUUGUA